AUUUCUUCAUUCCUCUCGUUGUCGUUCUGUAGGAAGGUUUGUAGUAUCAUUUCUCUCUUUCUUUCUGUAGUUUUUGUCUUUUUUUGGCAAAUAUAAUGUCUAGGCAAGGCAAAAAAGACGAGGGAACAGGACUUGUUGUCAUCAAAAGAAAUGGAGAAUCUCAGCCAGUUCUUUUGGAUAAAAUCACCUCUAGAGUCAGCAAGUUGUGCUAUGGGCUGAAGAAUGAAUUUGUUGAGCCGGUCGAGAUCACUUUGAAAGUCGUCAAAGGAAUUUACAAUGGAGUAAAAACCACUGAACUAGACACUCUUGCAGCAGAAAUUGCUGCAUCCAUGACCACAAAGCACCCAGACUAUGCAUUACUAGCUGCUCGAAUAGAAGUGUCCAACCUACACAAGGAGACCAAAAAAGUCUUCAGUGAGGUCAUGGAGGACUUGUACAAUUAUGUUAAUCCAAGGAAUAAUAAACAUUCUCCUUUGAUCUCCAAGGAAACCAAUGACAUCAUUCAAAAAUAUUCAGAUAGGCUUAAUUCAGCGAUUAUCUAUGAUAGAGACUACCAAUACAACUAUUUUGGCUUCAAGACUUUAAGCAGAUCCUAUUUGCUCAAAUGCAAUGGCAAAAUUACUGAACGACCCCAGCACAUGUUAAUGAGGGUUUCUGUUGGUAUCCAUGGAGAAGAUAUCGACGCAGCAAUUGAAACUUACAAUCUCAUGUCCGAUAAGUGGUUUACCCAUGCGUCACCUACUCUUUUUAAUGCUGGAACAAACCGGCCGCAAAUGUCAAGUUGUUUCCUGUUGACGAUGUCAGAUGACAGUAUUGAAGGGAUUUAUGACACAUUAAAGACCUGUGCACUGAUAUCGAAGAAUGCAGGUGGCAUUGGGCUUAAUAUUCACUGUAUUAGAGCAUCUGGAAGCUACAUUGCAGGGACAAAUGGCGUAUCAAACGGUCUUGUACCACUCUUGAGGGUGUACGACAGCACAGCAAGAUAUGUAGACCAAGGAGGUAACAAGCGUCCAGGUGCUUUUGCCAUUUACCUGGAACCAUGGCAUGCAGAUAUCUUUGAGUUUCUUGAUCUGAGGAAAAACACUGGCAAAGAAGAACAGCGGGCUCGAGAUUUGUUCUAUGCACUGUGGGUGCCAGAUCUCUUUAUGAAAAGAGUGGAAGAGGAUGGCAUUUGGAGUCUGAUGUGCCCUAAUGAAUGUCCAGGACUACAAGAUUGCUAUGGAGAAGAGUUUGAAGAGCUCUAUAAAAGUUAUGAACAGCAAGGAAAGUUUAUCAAACAAGUAAAAGCCCAGAAGCUUUGGUUUGCUAUUCUGGAAUCUCAGAUAGAAACAGGGACUCCAUACAUGUUAUAUAAGGAUUCCUGUAACAAGAAAAGCAACCAAAAGAACCUUGGCACAAUCAAAUGCAGUAACCUAUGUACAGAAAUUGUAGAAUAUAGUAGUCCUGACGAGGUUGCUGUGUGUAAUUUGGCUUCAAUAGCUCUUAAUAGAUUUGUCAAGACAGACAAAACAACCCCAGAAUUUGACUUCAAGAAGCUGUAUGAAGUCACAAAAGUUGUCACUCGCAAUCUGAACAAGAUCAUAGAUGUCAAUUACUACCCUGUACCUGAGGCCAGGACCUCAAACAUGAGACACAGACCAAUUGGUAUUGGUGUUCAGGGUUUGGCUGAUGCCUUUAUCCUGAUGCGUUAUCCUUUUGACAGUGAAAAAGCACAAAAGCUAAACAGAGAUAUCUUUGAAACUCUUUAUUAUGCAGCACUAGAGGCAUCAUCUGAACUAGCAGCCAAAGAUGGACCAUAUUCAACAUACGAAGGCUCACCUGCCAGCCAAGGGAUUUUGCAGUAUGAUUUAUGGGGUGUAACACCAUCCAACCUUUGGGACUGGGAAGCCCUUAAGAAGAAAAUCAAAACGCAAGGCUUGCGCAACAGUCUUCUUCUGGCUCCCAUGCCGACAGCAUCAACUGCUCAGAUUCUUGGUAACAAUGAGUCGAUUGAACCUUACACUAGUAACAUCUAUUCACGAAGGGUACUUUCUGGCGAGUUUCAGAUUGUGAAUCACCAUCUACUCAAAGACCUAACUGAGAUGGGUUUAUGGAAUGAUGACAUGAAAAACGAGCUAAUUGCUAACAAUGGGUCAAUUCAGGAAAUCAAAGAGAUCCCUGAUGAAAUCAAAGGUCUUUACAAGACAGUAUGGGAGAUCAAGCAAAGAACCCUCAUAGACAUGGCUGCAGACAGAGGAGCAUACAUUGAUCAGAGCCAGUCAUUUAAUGUCUUCAUUGCACAGCCAAACUUUGGCAACCUGUCAAGCAUGCAUUUCUAUGGAUGGAAAAAGGGUCUUAAAACAGGAAUGUACUACUUAAGAACCAAGCCAGCAGCCAAUGCUAUCCAGUUCACAGUAGAUCAAGCUGCCUUGGCCAAAAAGACCAAAGAAAGUUCUUCCAAUAAUGAGUCUAACAAGGAAAAGGAAAGAGCUAAAGCUGCUGAGGCGUGUAGACGUGACAACCCAGAAGCUUGCGAAAUGUGCAGUGGUUAGGUUUGAACAGAUUACAUAGACAUUUUCUAGCUGUUAGAUCUAAAAAGCGAGGAUGCUUUACAUGGUAGAGUGUGCGCCAUAUAUCCAUGAAACAAAAUCAAAGAUUUAUUGUCUAUUUGCAGCUAUUUUUUACAGAAUAGUAGAGAUCUCUGGAACAGAACAUUAGAAAUGAAAGCAAAUACCUCUAUGUGUGUACAUUUGGUUCGUGUCUGAAUGAUUUCUUAGUUGACAAGUUAUGAGUUGAUAACUAAAUACGUUUAGGCAUUACAUAGCUAGUAACUAUUUCAUAGAUAUAUGGUGUGCACUCUAACAAAGAAUCUUAUGAUUUUCCUUUGCAUAUGGGUAAAAGAGUUUAAGACCUUAUUAUGUACUAUAAGGUGCAUAAAGUUGUUGGCCUAAUAUAAAAAUUUAGGGCAUAAUUGACAGCUCUCAAUCUUCUGUUAAUGUUGUACCUAGUUAAGGUCUACCAGUCUUUGAACUUUGUAAAAAUAAAUUCCUAUAUAAAGUAACAUCUAUUUUGAAACUAUUCCUAUUUAAAGCUUGGCAGUGGCUAUGUGCAUAAUAACAAGGUAUCUGGUGCUUAAAUUUUCCUGAUUGCACAAAGCACAUUGUUUAUCAUGAAUUUACCAGAAUUUCUCCUUUUUUGAACAAAAAUUGGUCAUCCUUAAUUAUAUGUUAUUUUCACCAGCCCUCCAUUAAUGGUCAUGUAAAAAAAUACAUACAUUUAUAAUCAUAACUUGUAUGGUCAUGGUGGAAAUCAUUUGUUUGAUUUUGUGUGCAUAUUUAUUUAUUGUGAAGUUUUAAAUUUAUUAGAAGACCUGUUGAGCAAUUCCAUAUUUCAGUGAUCAUAAUCUGAUAAUUAACUAAUACUACAUCAGGGUCGUGACAGGGUAUGGGUUUAAAGAAAUUGUAAAAUUAAGUAAUUUGGGAUCUGAGAUUUAAAAUUGAUUUGGGGUAUAGGUAAAAUUCUAUCUUGUCACAACUAUGAUUUUAUCAAUUGUGUAGAAAAAUUGCUAUUUUGUACUUCAUUUAUUGAAGCAAUUUAUUAAUAAAAGACAAUUUCAUGUA